GCUCUAUCCUCGCUCUGCUGUGAUUGCGCGCGAGCGGAAGAGAGAUGACAAGAGCUCCUUCGCGAGGCUGGACAGUCAAACAUGGAGCUUCUUAAGAUUUCUUCGGUGCUUUGGAUAUUAUUGCUGAAUGGAAACAAGGGCUGUCACGCUGAGGAAGUGGUGCUGCUGAACUCUAAAGAGACCCAGGCUGAACUGGGCUGGACGUCCUACCCCUCCAACGGAUGGGAGGAGAUCAGCGGCGUGGACGAGAAGUACAAGCCAAUCCGGACCUACCAGGUGUGCAACGUGAUGGAGCCCAGCCAGCAAAACAACUGGCUGCAGACGGGCUGGGUGGCGCGGCGCGGCGGCCAGCGCAUCUUCGUGGAGCUGCAGUUCACGCUGCGAGACUGCAACAGCAUCCCAGGCGUGGCGGGCACCUGCAAGGAGACCUUCAACCUGCUCUACGCAGAGUCGGACAAGGACCUGGGGCGGGUGGCGCGUGAGGACCGCUACACCAAGAUCGACACCAUCGCGGCCGACGAGAGCUUCACGCAGGGCGACCUGGGCGAGCGCAAGAUGAAGCUGAACACGGAGGUGCGGGAGAUCGGGCACCUCAACCGGAAGGGCUUCCAUCUGGCCUUCCAGGACGUGGGGGCGUGCGUGGCCCUGGUGGCCGUCCGUGUGUACUACAAGCGCUGCCUGGCCACGGUGCAGAAUCUGGCCGUGUUCCCCGACACUGUCGCAGAGGCGGCGUUCGCCACGCUGGUGGAGGUCCGGGGCGCCUGCGUCAACAACUCGGAAGUGGAUGCGGACAGCCCUCCCAGGAUGCACUGCAGUGCCGAGGGGGAGUGGCUGGUGCCCAUCGGGAAGUGCAGCUGUUCGGCGGGUUAUGAGGAAGGCCACAGCAGCUGUGAAGCAUGUCCCCCUGGCUCAUACAAGAUGUCCUCCAGACAACAGGAGUGUUUUCCAUGCCCGGCCAACAGCGUGGCGGAGGACGAAGGCUCCGUUGUGUGUGUUUGUGAGGAGGACCACUUCAGGACCCCCCUGGACACCCCGUCAGCCCCCUGCACCCGCCCCCCCUCUCCGCCCAAAGACCUGGUCUACACCCUCAAGCAGUCCACCCUGAUCCUGGAAUGGGCGGCGCCAGCCGACGCGGGUGGCCGAGGGGACCUGACUUACAGCGUGGGCUGCCGGCGGUGCGCGGCGAUGCGGUGCGAGCCGUGCGGCGCCAGCGUGGGCUUCGUGCCCCAGCAGUCGGGCCUGAGUGAGCGCACGGUCACCGUGGUCAACCUCGCGUCCGACUCGAACUACACAUUCACCGUGGAGGCCCUCAACGGAGUUUCCGAACUGCUGCCCAGCAAGCGCUUCUUCGCACAGGUCAACGUGUCCACCAGCCUGCCAGCGCCCUCUCUGGUGAGUGAGUUGCGUGCGGAGAAGAUUGAGCAGCGUAGCGUGACCCUGGUGUGGAGAGAGCCUGGCUACCCCAACAGCAGCCGCACCGAGUACGAGAUCAAAUAUUACGAAAAGGAGCAGAAGGACAAGAGCUACUCCACGGUCAAGACGGCCUCCACCCGCAUCAGUGUCAACAACCUGAAACCGGGCACCACCUACGUCUUCCUCAUCCGCCCGUUCUCCACCCCGCCGCCCCCCUCCUCCCUCCUCUCCUCCUCUUCCUCCUCCCCCUCUCCCAUCGACUACGGAGGCUACAGCCCUCCCCUGGAGCUACAGACGCUUGGCGAACUGGCGCUGGCGUCCAGUGAGCAGAACCCCGUGGUCAUUAUCGUGGUGGUGUCCGUGGCUGCGCUCGUCAUGCUGCUGUCCAUGGGCGUGGGGCUGCUCAUCUGGAGGAGCAGUCUGUCGUCCAGCCCAUCCAACAUAGCUCCGACUAACGUGGUGCUGCUCUCCACCUCCUUCUCCACUCUUCCUCCUACUCCUCUUCCUCCUUACACGCAGCUGCCAACCCCAAGACAAUGUGGAUACAGCAAAGCCAGUCAAGAGGGAGACGAAGAACUCUACUUCCAAUUUAAGAUCCCUACACGAAGGACCUACAUUGACCCAGAGACGUGUGAGGACCUGGUACAGGCUGUCCUGGCCUUCGCCAAAGAGCUAGAUAACUCCUGCAUUAAGAUCGAGAGAAUCGUCCACACAGGCGACUUUGGGGAGGUGUGCCGCGGCUGCCUCAAGCUUCCCAGCAAGCGGGAGCUUCCUGUGGCCAUCAAGACGCUGCGGGCUGGAUGCUCGGAGAAACAGAGGCGCUCCUUCCUCAGCGAGGCCGGGAUCCUCGGGCAGUUUGACCACACCAACAUCAUCCGGCUGGAGGGGGUCAUCACCAGUGGUAACACCAUGAUGAUCGUGGUAGAGAGCAUGUCCAAUGGGGCUCUGGACUCCUUCCUCAGGAAACAUGAGGGCCAGUUCUCUGUGCUCCAGUUGAUGGACAUGCUGGGGGGUGUGGCCUCUGGGAUGAAGUACCUGACAGAGAUGGGCUUUGUCCAUCGCCACCUGGCCGCCCACAAGGUGUUGGUCAACGCCAGCCUGGGCUGCAAGGUGUCCGGUUUCAGACCGCUACAGGAGGACAAGGUCGAGGCCAUCUACAGCACUAUGCAUGGAGGGAAAAGCAUUGUGUUGUGGACAGCCCCGGAGGCCAUCCAGUACCGGCGUUACAGCUCGGCGUCAGACGUGUGGAGCUUUGGCAUCGUCAUGUGGGAGGUCAUGUCCUACGGAGAGAGACCCUACUGGGACAUGGCCAACCAGGAUGUCAUCAAAGCAAUAGAGGACGGCUUCCGACUUCCCGCCCCAAUGAAUUGCCCCCCCCACCUUCACCAGCUGAUGUUGGACUGUUGGCAGAAGGAGAGGACCGAGAGACCCACUUUCAGCCAGAUCCACUCCGCUCUAAGCAAAAGCAUCCGUAGCCCAGACGGCAUCGGCUCCUCAACGCUGGCACGAAGAACCCUCCCCCAGCUGGGAACCCUUCCUCUGGGCUCCUCAAUCUCCCUGGCCGAGCGGACCCUGCCCUCGUUCCCCUCCUUUAACUCUGUGGGGGAGUGGUUAGACGCGGUGGACAUGGGCCGCUACAAGGACAACUUCACCGCCGCGGGGUACUGCUACCUGGAGUCCGUGGCCCGCAUGACUGUCCAAGACGUGUUGAGUCUGGGCGUCACUUCUCUGGAGCACCAGAAACAGAUCCUGUCUGCCAUCCAGACCCUGAGAGCCCAGGUCAUCCAGAUGCACGGCCGAGGGGUGCAAGUCUAAAACAUACACAUAUAGAUACUUACAUGUGCAGACUGACUGACAGACGGAUGGGGCAAUGUUCAGAGGAGAGAGACUCAUCUUGUCCCACAUGGAAUGAAGUUCAUAGAGUUGGGCAGUUAUAUCACCACACUGCACACGCACGCUCCUUCUCUUCCCCUCCACCCUCUCUUAAGUCCCCUAGAAGGAGGUGUCUUCCUGUCAUGUGACCAACACGCUCGGCUGGGAGUCACAUGACCUUUGUCUGCACGCUGACCCAAAUGGACAAUAUUUCCACUGCUGGUCCUGGAACAGUGGUCAAAGACGCUUCUAAAAAGACCCUGACUGGGAAUUACUGUCCAUGGACAAGGUUUGGAACUGCCACUGGUCUCAGAAGAGGUGAAAAACAUUUCCUCAAUGGAGAAAAGCUGUCCUCUUAAGCAUAGUCAUGCUGAAAUGUAUUGAACCACUGGUCUCAGAACUGGGGUUAAAAGCACCCUGGUUAAGGGCUGGCACAAUGCCAGUGAGUUCAGAACAGUGGGUAAAAACACAUGGAGAUAGCACUGUCGGUGGAACUGGGCUGACAUUGUAAAACUGGUUUCAGUUAAUGUUAAUUCCUCUUAUCCAGGCAGUUGAAGUGUGAUCACAUUAUUGUUUCCCACAGUGUGGGCGGAGUCCUUGGCUGAGCCAUGUUGAGGCUCAGCCAGUCAUAAGGCUCAUCUAAGCGGGGUGGGGGCAAUUUAAAAUAUUGAAAAACCCCAGCUGAGAAACUAUGUAAAACAAAGGGUUUGUGUUUGUUAAUUUCUGUGUCGUCUGUUAAUCUUUUUUUCUUACUCUUCUUUGUUCAACUGUCUGCUCUGCUCUCCUUGUAUUUUCCCAGUGUGUGGAAUGGCUAACAUUUCUUAGCCAGGAUGUCAGUAGAAUCACGUAGCGUCUCGCUAAUAUAUUUCUCCUGUCUUAACAGGCAUCUUCACUACAGGGGUACAUUGCACUGUAAAUGAAGGUCAAGUGUCAAGCUGACAUAUCUAAUAUUUAUUCCUUUUUAUUUAUGCGUUUCCAGUUUACAGGCUCUCGGACUACUUCCUGACAGCAAGAGGUUACCAGGGUCAAAAUGGACAUACUUGAUUAAAUAGUUGAAUAAAUCAUGUGUUUUGUUUAAGGUUGCUGCAAGGCGUGUCCUCUCGUUCCAGGCAUAUCCCUUCCAAGCACUUUGUUUUGAUUAGUGUAUAUCAUGACAUCUUUUUUAGAGUUAAAAAGAGGGAUUCAGUUAAUGAACUGAGGGUUUCUGUACAGACCAAGGGAUUAUGAAGAUUAUUCAUGCUUUCCUUAGUCUUAUUGACAGAGUAAACAAUUUUCCAGACACUUGAGCGCUGGAGUUGAUAUGGGACUUUUAUAUUUUGAGUCUGGUAUCACUGGAUGUAUGGUAUCAAUGUUUUUGCAUUAUAGAUGCAGUAUUUCAGAAUGUCAGUGUGCUCAUUUGUUUUCUUUGUUUCUGGGCCAGCAGUGAUGCAUCCACACCUUAAUCCAAAAAUGUUCUAACAAAUCCCACGAGCCUCAACUGUGCAGUCAUAAUUACUCAGUAUUAAGUAUAUUUUAACAUCGGUAACAUUUAGAGCUCAACUGAUUCAGUUUGUAGCGCAGUUGACAUUUAAAGGUGAUUUGCGACUGAGCUCGCGGGCAACGUUUACCCCAAACACGGUAACAUCGCCUUGAAAUGUCAAUAUAGUGACGCUCUCACAGUAUGACCUCAUCUAGAGCGUCACUGCACAAAGUGGAGGCACCCAAUGGUGGUGUGUAACGAAGGUUUUACACGUUCCCUUUGCUACUAUUUCCGUUAUGCAGUCAACGCAUACAAUUUGAUCUAUGUGCCUGUACUUUUGGUUCUUAUUUUGUCAUUACGUUUGGUUUAUGAAGGACUGUAAUGGUUGGACUAUCAGUAUUGUUUUCUCCCUAUGCACUCUCCCCUCGAUCUCUCUGUAGCUGUUUGGUCUCAACAGCAUAUCUAAAUCCAUAUCAUAAAAACAUCCUCCUUUCGACUCAUACACACGCACACAUGCAGACCGUCUCUGCACCCCUGUACACACAGACAUCCAAUUGGACUGUGUAACUCUGACGAAAUGACCAUGUCCCUCCCUCUGUUUACGCAACCAUUACAAUAUCUGUGUAAUACUGUACAUAUGAAUUUGAAAAUGUAUUUGAAAAUCUAUUUUUAUAAUUUGUUUGAGGAACAAUGUGUUGAAUAUAUCUGCUCACUGUGUAAGGGGGUUAUUGUUUGAACUUAGGGCCAUUGCCAGGAAACAUGGGUGUUUGGAAUAUAAAAACAAAUGGUUUUUUUUGUUAGUUUUUUGAUGAUUUUUACCUGUUAGACAAACAGAUGGCUGUUGCAAUAUUGAAACGUGUUAUUAAAAAAUCUCCAA